AUGACUGGCCACAGCUAUAGCAUCUACAAUGCAGUCUUUGCUGUGGCACACUCCAUGCAUGCCAUGCAUUCAUCUAAAUUCAAGCGCAGAGUGGAUGAAGGGCGGCUGAAGCUUUGGAAUCAACAGAUGUGGCAGUCCUUUCGGAGAGUGAAAGUUGGAAAGAUCGACCCCAUGGCUCCCCAAGAAGAAGCGUUCAGCAUUUGUGAAGAAGCCAUUGUGUGGCCCAGCAGCUUUAACCAGGCACAGCCCCUUUCUCUUUGUAAUGCCAAUUGUCCUUUGGGUUAUCAAAAAACAAAGAAGGAAGGGAAACCAUUUUGCUGUUAUGAUUGCAUAAUAUGUCCAGAAGGAAAGAUUUCCAACCACACAGACAUGGAUGAAUGCUUUCAGUGCCCACCGGAUCAUUAUCCAAACGUGGAAAAGGAUUCAUGCGUGCCAAAGGACAUACAUUUCUUGUCUUAUGGAGAACCGCUGGGGAUCUCUUUGACUUGCUUUGCUCUUUCCUUGUCCUUCCUUGCAGCUUUGGUGCUUUGGGUCUUCAUUAAGCACUGGGACACUCCCAUAGUCAAAGCCAACAACCACAACCUAUCCUACACUCUCCUCAUCUCCCUCUUGUUCUCCUUCCUUUGUGCUUUGUUAUUCAUCAGUCGACCUGAGAAAGUGACAUGUCUCCUUCGACAAACAGCUUUUGGCAUCAUCUUUUCAGUGGCUGUUUCUUGUGUGUUGGCCAAGACAGUCAUUGUGCUCCUUGCUUUCACGGUCACCAAACCAGGCUCCAGCAUGAGGAAAUGGGUGAGGAGACAACAGGCCACCUCCAUUGUUCUUUUCUGUUCCUUGAUUCAAGCUGCUCUUUGCACUGUGUGGCUGGCAACUUUUCCCCCAUUCCCAGCUUUAGACAUGCACUCAAUGAGUAAAGAAAUUGUUCUAGAAUGUAAUGAAGGGUCAGUCACCAUGUUCUACUGUGUCUUGGGCUUUAUGGGCCUACUGGCCAUUGUCAGCUUCUCUGUAGCCUUUCUAGCCAGGAAGUUACCUGACAGCUUUAAUGAAGCCAAGUUUAUCACCUUCAGCAUGCUGGUAUUUUGCAGUGUAUGGCUGUCCUUUGUUCCAACUUAUUUAAGCACAAAAGGGAAAUAUAUGGUGGCUGUGGAGAUCUUCUCCAUCUUGGCCUCCAGUGCUGGGUUACUGGGCUGUAUAUUUUCCCCAAAAUGUUAUAUUAUUGUGGUGAAGCCUGAGCUGAACAACAAGGAGCAGUUAAGAAGAAGAAAUCACUGA